AUGAGGAUUUUUUCGUGGAUUUUUUUGGUCUCCCAGUUUUUGGCGCAAGUUUUGGUGGCUCUGAUUGGUGAGUUCAAUUUUAUUUUUUCCUAUGAAUAAAACUUUAUGACCUAUAGGACAAGACAUAAAUAAUCGUAAAAAUUUUUUGAUUUUUAUGUUCAAAGGGACAUGUGUUUAGCUAAUCUGAUUUUUUUUCUGGGAAUAUAAGAAGUAGUGGCGGUUCACACAUUUGAACACGGAAAUUGAAUCGGGGAAGAAUACUUGACACCUCUUGAUUUGUGAGAAGACAAAAAAGGAGGAGGGUUCCUUUUUUUGGAGAUUUUUGGGAAAUUCACAAAAUUUUGAAACAGUGAAAUUUUUCACUUAAAAAAAUUCACUGUUUCAAAGAAUUUAGAAAAUUUUUGAGCGAUUUUUCAAGCCCGAAAAAUUUGUUUCCCGUUUUUUCAACCACAAAUUUUCACUGUUUCAAAAAUUUCAUGAAUUAAAAAAUUUUAUUUUUGAAUCGAUCCUUAUCUUGAGUUGUUUCGAUAGAAUUUGAAUUAUUAGAAGGUUUGAAACAGUGAGAUUUAUGGGAAGAAAAUUCACUGUUUCAAAAAAUUUGUAAUUUUUAGAGGGUUUUUUUUCUAGCUCGAUGUCGAAUUACACAUUUUUGAUCUGAAAAUUUCACUGUUUCAAAGAUUUUGUGAAUUUCUGAGUGAAUUCUUAUACUUCAAUAAUACCAACAAAAAAUCUACAUUUUCAAAAAUGAUUUCUUCAUUUGAUAUAUUGACACUUUGUGAGAGAAAUCCUAAUUGUAAAAUUCGAGAAAAAAUUUUUGAAUAAGAAUUCACUGUUUCAAAAUAAUCCAAAAACUUCAAACAAACCUUUAAAUUCCAAUAGUUGAGAAUUCUCUUACAAAAUUUAUUUUCACAAAAAUUCACUGUUUCAAAAAAUGCCUAAAGUUUUGAAAAUAAUGUCUUCAUCUGUUUGGGGUAAUAAUUUGGUCAUCGAAAAUUUGGAAAAAAAUUCACUGUUUCAAAAAAUAUCACAAAUUUCAAACUGAAUUUUUAAAGCUCAAUACUAUGGAGUUUAUUUCAAUAAAACUUUUCAAAAAUUAAAAAAUCUUUAUUAAACCUUUACAUUUCAACUGAAUAAUACUUCCGCGAAAUUAUUUGUACAAAAAUUCACUGUUUCAAAAAAUUCCUGAAUUUUCAACCUGAAUUUUUAAAGCUCAAUACUGUUUUUGAAUCGCGAAUUUCAUCAAAACUUUUCAAAAAUUAAUUUCUGAGAAAUUUCCUUAGACAAAAAUUCACUGUUUCAAAAAAUCACAAGUUUGCCAGCGAUUUUUUAUAGUUUGAUAAUUAACUGCCAAAAAUAAGAUAAAAAUUCACUGUUUCAAAAAAUAAACAAAAUUUCAACCAAAUGUUGAUAAUUCGAUAAAAUGAUGAUUCAAAGUUUGAAUUUUCCUAGCAAAAAAAAAACUGUUUUGCUCUAAAAAUUCACUGUUUCAAGAAAAAUUCCUAAAUCUCUUUUUCCUUUUUCUUCCAAAAAAAAAUGCACCCGUUACAUAACCCAUUUCCUUUUUUUCUCAUUUCCAUGUUUGUUUUCCCCCAUGUUCCCAACAAUCUGCUCCUCCUCCUCCCACAAAAACCCAUCAAAAAACCGAAUUUUAUGCUUUUCUCGCACCCCGUGAUUAUUUGAUCCUCACGCAAUCUGUCACCCUUUUCAUAUUCAACCGCUACUCUCUGCCUCUCUGCCACUCUCUGCGUCUCUAGCUUAGAAGAAAUGCGGUAGAAAGGGGAUUAAACUUGUCAACACGGGGAAUAAUAAUAAGAAUAAUAACAAAUUUUUGAUUGACAUUUUUAUUUGUGAGAUCAGAGGAGAGAAGAAAUUUCGGGAAAAAUAUUUUUAUGCGCCUUUAAAAUUACUGUAGCCCAAAAAAGCUCCCAUUUUUUGCUCCAGAUGAAAUCAUUAUAAUAAUAAUGGGUAGUAGAUUAUGUAAUAGGGGAAAAAUAGGGGAAAAAUAGGGAAAGAUGACUAUGAUUACAUAGUCUAUUACCUAAUGAGAUGGAAUUGGAAGAAAAGAAGAGGAAAAGAGAGGAAGAUAUUAAAUUAGUGAGAUUGGAGAACUGGAGGGGGUUAUAAUAUGAGCAAUGAGUAACUUAUUUGAAAAGGGAAAAAGGAACUUGGGGGAUUUCAUAGAUUUAAAUUUGAAAAUUCAUAAGUCAGAGAGUUCGACCAUCAAUUUUUUCCCGGAAAAUUAGAUUGAGUUUAUGAAAUUUUUGAAACAGUGGAUUUUUUAUGGGAAAUUUUGAUUUUUUUUUUGAUUUUCGGGGUUUUUUUGGAAUUUUGAGAGUUAUGAAAUUUUGAGUGAAAUUUCAAGUUUUUAAUCUAGAAGUUUUACAGUAAAAAUUUUGAGUAAAAAUUCAAAAAUCAUUGUUUUUUCAACCGUCAGUUCCUAAUUAAUCGUUUCUGGAAAAUAAAGUUGAAAUUUAUGAAAAUUUUGAAACAGUAAAUUUUUUUUCCAAAAUAACUAGGAUUUUAAGCUUCUUAAAAUUUGUAUUUAAAUUUUUUAGGUUUAAUUUUUCAGUCAAAAAUUGUGUGUAAAUUUGAAAAAAUAAUCAAUUUUUAUUUCAAAAAUCACAAAUUUCCUAGUAAUUCGACUUACGCAUUGUUUCCCGGAAAAUAAAUUUUAGUUUAUGAAAUUUUUGAAACAGUAGAAUUUUUUAUGGGAAAUUUUGGUUUUUUUCUGAAUUUCGGGGUUUUUUGAAAUUUUGAGUAAAAAAAAACAAAAAUCAUUGUUUUUUCAACCUUCAAUUGCAAAAUUAUCGUUUCCAGAAAAAAAAUUUGAAAUUUAUGAAUAUUUUGAAACAGUAGAAUUUUUUGGAAAAUUUUUGAUUUCCAGAAAUGACUAGGAUUCUGAGCUUCUCAAAUUUCGUAUUUAAAUUUUUUAGGUUUAAUUUUUCAGUCAAAAAUUGUGUGUAAAUUUGAAAAAAUCACAAAUUUCCUGCGAAUUCAACACAAGAAUUUGACGGAAAAUAAAUUUUAGUUUAUGAAAAUCUUGAAACAGUGGAAUUUUUUAUGGGAAGUUUUGGUUUUUUUUUUAAUUCUGGGGUUUAUUGGGAUUUUGAGAAUUAUGCGAUUUUAAGUGAAAUUUCAAGUUUUUAAUCUAGAUUCUAGAAGUUUUACAGUAAAAAUUUUCAGUAAAAAAUCAAAAAUCAUUGUUUUUUCAACCGCCAGUUCCAUAUUAAUCGUUUCUAGAAAAUAAAGUUGAAAAUAUGAAAAUUUUGAAACAGUAGAAUUUUUUUUGGAAAAUUUUUUGAUUUCCAAAAAUGAAUAGAAUUUUGAGCUUCUUAAAUUUCGUAUUUAAAUUUUUUAGCUUUUUAAAAUCAUAGUUUUUCAGUCAAAAAUUGUGUGUUAAUUUGAAAAAAAUCAAUUUUACAUUCAAAAAUCACAAAUUUUCUUUCAACACAAGAAUUGUUUCCUGGAAAAUGAGUUUUAGUUUAUGAAAUUUUUGAAACAGUAGAAUUUUUUAUGGGAAAUUUUGGUCUUUUUUUUUUUUGAAUUCCGGGGUUUAUUGGAUUUUGAGAACCUCAAUUUUCGUAUUGAAAUUUUGAAUAACAUUUCGAGAUUUAUCUGAAAGUUUUCCAGAUUUUUUCAGUCAAAAAUUCUGUUUGAAUCGUUUCUAGAAAAUAAAGUUGAAAUUUAUGAAAAUCUUGAAACAGUAAAUUUUUUUUCGAAAAUUUUGGUUUUUUUUUUUGAAUUCCGGGGUUUAUUGGGAUUUUGAGGUCCUCAAUUUUCGUAUUGAAAUUUUGAGUAACAUUUUUCUGAAAGAGUAAGAUUUUUCUGAAAGAUUUCCAGAUUUUUUUCAGUCAAAAUUUUGUUUGAAUCGUUUCUAGAAAAUAAAUUUGAAAUUUAUGAAAAUCUUGAAACAGUAAUUUUUUUUCCAAAAAUGACUAGGAUUUUGAGAUUCUUAAAUUUCGUAUUUGAAUUUUUUAGGUUUAAUUUUUGACUGAAAAAUUAUUUUUCAUUCAAAAAUUAAGUGUAAAUUUGAAAAAAAAAUCAAUUUUUGUUUAAAAAACCACAAAUUUCCACAGACUUUAACACAAGAAUUGUUUCCUGGAAACAGAGUUUUAGUUUAUGAAAUUUUUGAAACAGUUGAAUUUUUAUGGGAAAUUUUGGUUUUUUUUUUUUUUGAAUUCCGUGGUUUAUUGGGAUUUUGAGAGUUAUGAAAUUUUAAGUAAAAUUUCUGUAAAAAUUACAGUAAAAAUUUUCACUAAAAAAAUCAAAAAUCAUUAUUUUUUCAACGGUAACAAACAGAUGUAUCGUUUCUAGAAAAUAAAGUUGAAAUUUGUGAAAAUUUUGAAACAGUAAUUUUUUUUGGAAAAAUUUUUGUUUCCAAAAAUAACUAGGAUUUUGAGCUUCCCCAAUUUCGUAUUUAAAUUUUUUAAAUUCAAUUUUUCAGUCGAAAAUUGUGUGUAAAUCAAUUUUUAUUUCAAAAAUCACAAAUUUUCUACGAGUUCGACUUAAACAUUGUUUCCUGGAAACAAAGUUUGAGUUUAUGAAAAUCUUGAAACAGUAGAUUUUUUAUGGGAAAUUUUGGUUUUUUUUUCAAUCCGUGGGAUUUUGAGUGAAAUUUCAAAUUUUUAAUCUUGGGUUAGAAGUUUUACAGUAAAAAUUUUCAGUAAAAAAUCAAAAAUCAUUGUUUUUUCAACCUUCAAUUGCAAAAUUAUCGUUUCUAGAAAAUAAAGUUGAAAUUUAUGAAAAUUUUGAAACAGUAAUUUUUUUUUCCAAAAAUAACUAGGAUUUGGAGCUUCCCAAAUUUUGUAUUUGAAUUUUUUAGGUUUAAUUUUUCAGUCAAAAAUUGUGUGAAAUCAAUUUUUUUUUCAAAAAUCACAAAUUUUCUACUAAUUCCACUCAAACAUUUCUCGGAAAAUAAAUUUUAGUUUAUGAAAAUUUUGAAACAGUAAUUUUUUUUUGAAAAAUUGUAAGCUAAAAUUGGAAAAAGAGGAGGAUCAUUUUUGUUAGGAUUUUUCAAGUGAAACAGCAAUUUUGAAACGUAAAUAUUCCGGGAAAAAUCUAAAUUCAAAUUUUUUUCCAGACGAAUCUUCAUGUCCCAGCGGUUGGCAAGUUGCCAGUGAUGUUUGCGUCAAAAUCGUCAUCCCACCAGCCACCCUUCAACAAGCUACAGUAAUCCCUAAUCCCCUCGAGACCCAAAAAUUUUUCAAUUUUUUUUCAGAAAUUCUGCCACGCUGAAGGCGGUCAACUUUUGGACACCUCUUCAAAUUUACUUUUGGAAGAUGUUUUUGAAAUUCUGAAAAAUUUAUAUGAAAUUGGAUUGACUGAACCGAUUUUUUAUAUCUCUGGUGAGGGACAGGCUUUGAAUCGAACUGAAAAUGGAAAAUAUGUUGUGUAGGUUUUAAAUUUCGCGCCAAAAUCAUUUUUUGAGUUUUUGAAUUUUCAGAGUGAAUGAGGAUGCCAAUUCAGAAUUUCCAUCGAUUUGUUCGUUGAAUAAAAUGGAGAGAAGAAGUUUGCUGUUUCAACAGAAAUUACUGCAAAAAGGUCAGUUCCAGGAAAAAUUUUCAAAAAAAAUUUGAAACGUAUAAUUUUCUGGGGGACACAUACAAGAAAAAAAUAAAAUAAAAUUUUUUUUGAAAAAAACUUCAAAUCAUGAUUGCCCAAAUUACUAUUAAAAUUUUGAAACAGUUAAUUUUUCUGAACGAUUUUUUCUCAAUAUUUUCAAUUUUUUUAAUUAAUUAGAGUUUUUAGAAUUAAUUACAAUGUGUUUUUGAAACAGCAAAAUUUUUGAAAACUUCACUGUUUCAAAAAUUCAUGAAAUUAAAAUACUUGAAAUAUUGGUCGUUUUUUUGCGAUCUAUUAAUGAAACGCUAAGCUCAACUUUAAAACAUUUCUGAAACUGAAACUAAAUUUAAUUUUCAAAUUUUUAUUGUGUACCUCAAGCAGAUCAGUAGCCCAAAACUCUCAAAGAACAAAAAUUAAUUAAAAUUUUGAAACAGUAAAUUUUUUGAACAAUUUGUUUCCAAUGUUUUCAAUUUUUCAAAUUAAUUUGAAUUUUUAGAAUUAAUUACAAUCUGUUUUGAAACAGUAAAAUUUUGGAAAAUUUCACUGUUUCAAAAAUUCAAGAAAUUGAUAAAAUAAAUACUUGAAACAUUGUUCGUUUGAUCCUACUAUAAGCAGCUCAAAACUCUCAAAAAACAAAAAAUUAAUUAAAAUUUUGAAACAGUCAAUUUUUUUAACGAUUUUUCCCAAUAUUUUUAAAUUGUGAAUUAAUUUGAACUUUUAGAAUUAAUUACAAUGUGUAAAUUUUUUGAAACAUUAAUUUUUUGGAAAAUUUCACUGUUUCAAAAAAUUCAAGAAAUUGAUAAAAUUUUUGAAUUUCUGUUGGAAAGCUCGUGAAAUGCUUAUGUGUUAUAAAAAUGUAUUCCGCAAGCUUCUGCGUUAGCGGCACUGUUUUCCGCGCAGCGGCAAAGUUAGCCUAACUUAUCUAAGCUCAUUGUCUGAAAAAUUUGAAAAAUAAUUUCUAUUUUUUAUCGCGUUUCAACAUACAGCCAAAAAAAUAUAACAGCCCAAAAUACUCAUGGAACAAAAAUUAUCAAAACUUUGAAACAGUUAAAUUUUUUGAACGAUUUUUCCCAAUAUUUCUAAAUUGUGAAUUAGUUUGAAUUUUUAGAAUUAAAUACGAUGUGUUUUUGAAACAGUAAAAUUUUGGAAAAUUUCACUGUUUCAAAAAUUCAAGAAGUUGAUAAAGUACUUGAAUUUUUGUUCAAUUGAUCUUAUGGUUGGUACCGAGUUCCGCACGAAAUACUGAAGAAACAAAAAUUAAUCAAAAUUUUGAAACAGUUAAUUUUUUUGAACACUAUUUAAUGAAAUAUUAACUAAUUAGAAUUUUUAGAAUUAAUUACAAUGUGUAAAUUUUUUGAAACAGCAAAAUUUUGAAAAUUUUACUGUUUCAAAAAUUCACGAAAUGAAUAUAAAACUAGAAUUUUUGUUGUAAAAUACUGAAAAAACAAAAAUUAAUUAAAAUUUUGAAACAGUGAAUGUUUUUUGAACAAAACUUUCAAUAAAAAUGUUUCAACAGAAAUUACUUUUUUUUUUGAAAUAAAAACUUUUACUGUUUCAAAAAUUUAUGAAAUUGAUGAAAAUCUUGAAUUUUUAUUGGGGCAUUGUUACAAUUAUCUUCAAAAACCCUUAUUUUUGCAGGAGCUCCCCGCUUAUCUCCAUCUGGUCUCCAAUCCGAAAUCUAUUUUCACCCUCGAAAUGAUGCUGAUUACAUCGCUCUUCCUUGUAUCGUCGAAGCCAAUCCGAAACCAACAAUUUCUUGGUUCCGAAAUGAUAUUGAAGUUGUCUCACCUUCCAGUUCAAAUGUCUCAUAUUUAUUAUCUGGCGGGAAUUUGUUAGUUCCGGCAAGUUCGAGUUUGGCUUAUUCGACUUUUCAUUGUACGGCUAGAAAUGCGUUGGGAGAAGUUAGGUUGGUUUUUUUUUUUUUUUGGAUUUUCUGAUUUGAAAUCUGAUUUCAAUUUAAAUACAAAAUUGUUUUUUGAAAAAUCUCUGUUUGAAAAAUGACACGUGGAUUUUUUGGGGCAAAAUUCAAUUUUUCCACAACAAAAUCUCACUGUUUCAAAAAAUUCUCAUUUAUAAUUUUUUCGAAUUUAAAAUGUUAAUGUAUUGAUUUUUCACACAGAAAAAAUUUACUGUUUCAACAAAUUCUGAUUUAAUUUGUUCACAAAUAAAAUUGAUCGCAUGUCGUAUUUUUCACCAACAAAAAUGAUAAUUUGAAGCUUCAGAUUUUCCUGAAAUUAAAAUUAGGAUUUUUUUAAAAGAUUUUUCUAAAUACAUUUACCGGGCCAACUUUUAAAGUAUGAUGAAAGUUAUUAGUAAAUUUCCAGGAAGCCUGGAAUAUUCAUCAAGUUUUUGAAACAGUGAGAUUUUUUUUCAGACAAAAAAAAAUAAAAAUUGACAGUAUUUUCAAAAUAUUGGGCUCAUUUUAUUAGUCAAAUUCACUUUUUUUCGAAAUAAAAUCUCACUGUUUCAAAAAAUACUUAUUAUAUUUUUUCGAAUUUAAAAUGUUCACACGCCUCGAUUUUCCAAACAGAAAAUUUUUACUGUUUCAUAAAAUUCUAAUUUAAUUUGUUCACAGAUAAAAUUAUUUAUGGAUUAAUUUUUUGAAACAAAAAUGAUAAUUUGAAGCUCUAGAACUUGAUGUUUUUUUCCUGAAUUUAAAAUUAGGAUUUUUUUUUAGAUUUUUCUAAAUACGUUUACCGGGUCAACUUUUGAGGUAUGAACAAAAUUAUUAGUGAAUUUCCUGGGAGCCUGGAAUAUUCAUAAAAAAUUCAAAUCAGAAUUUUCAGACAAAAAAAUAAAAUUUACAGUAUUUGAAAAUAUUGGGCUCAUUUUAUUAGUCAAAUUCACUUUUUUCCAAAAAAAAAUCUCACUGUUUCAAAAAAUACUCAUUUAUAUUUUUUUCGAAUUCAAAAUGUUUCUAUUCUUGGCUUUUUUCACACAGAAAAAUUUUACUGUUUCAACAAAUUCUGAUUUAAUUUGUUCACAAAUAAAAUUGAUCGCAUGUCGUAUUUUUCACCAACAAAAAAAAGAUAAUUUGGAGCUCCAGAACUACAUGUUUUUUUCCUGAAAUUAAUAUCUAUGAAUAAAGUUAUUAGUGAAUUUCUUGCCUGGAAUAUUCAUCAAGUUUUUGAAACAGAGUUUUUUUUUCAGAAAAAAAAUUUUCAAAAACUUCCUGUCCCCAAAAUCCCCAAUUUCCUUCUUUUCCAGAAGCCCACCAAUAAUUCUGAAACCCUCAUUCAUUGAUGCAUUCCGACAACAUCGUUUGGAUGUUUAUUCGUUUCUCAUCGGCGGAGCCAAAUUGGAUUGUGAUGCACCACCGCAUCAGCCAAGUAAGUUGCAUUUUUUGGGGAAUUUUUGGGUGCUCCAGAUUUCCUGACUGAAUUUUUGGCAUGUUUUUGAGGUGCAUGAAAUUUUUUUUGGUAAAUUUUUACAAAAUUCAAGCGCAAAAUGAAUCAGAUUACUGUAGUUUGAUUGAAAAAUUAAAGUUUUUCACCGAAAAUUAUAGGUUACUGUAGCUUCUCCUUUUUGCGCCGAAUUUAAAUUUUUUUUUGCAUUUUUUUGGUCUGAAAGUGAAAUUUAUCAUCACUAAUUAAUUAUUUUUUUUUCACUGUUUCUAAAUUAUUUUUUCUUCAUCACAUGAAUGUUUUCAAAGAAAAUCAAUUUGUACAUUUAUAAACACAAAAAAAAUGUGUUUUCUUUUUUUUUGAGAAAAAUAAAAGACAAAUUUGUGUUUUUUUUGACAAGAUUGAGUGUUUAAUACUUUUUUUUUUGGUACUUGGAAAUUUCUGGAUUUUCUGGAUUAUUUUAAAUAGAAGAUUCGAAUUUCUGUGAAUUUUAUUAUUUUUUCAAGAAAAAAAAUUCACUGUUUCAAAAAAUUCUUAUUUUUUAAUUUCAAAAUUAAAGCUGUUGUGAUGGCGUUUUUUAAAUUAAAAAAUACGAAUUUUUGAAACAGUGAAUUUUUUUUUUCAAAAAAUUCACAGAAAUUUGAAAAAAUAUUUUUUUCCAGAAAAAAAUUUUCACUGUUUCAAAAAAUUUUGAUUUUUUGAAUUUCAAUAUUUAAACAAUUUCUGACUUUUCAACACUCCUUCCAAAAAAAACUCAAAAUUUUUCAUAAUCAGAAUUUCGCCACGUGGCAAAGUUAUCCUAACUUCUCUGAAAAAUCCAAAAAUUAUUUUCGGAAAUGUUUCUCAUGCUCACAAUUUCUCUUCUUCUGGCUCUUUUCCCCCCAAAAAGUUGUUAGUUUUUCGUCUAAAUUUUUGUGUCAUCCAAUUGUCUGAUUUUGGCAGCAGAAUGUCUGUUUUCCCAAGAGAAAAUGGCUCCCCCUCUCUUUUUUUUUCGAUAAACUUUUCUGGGCUUUUUUAUUUUUUUAUUUCGAAUUGAUUUGGAAUCUAGCGGCUUUUUUGAUAUUCUAGAAAAGUUUACGAUUUUUUUGAAACAGUAAAUUUUUUGUGGAAUUUUUUUUUGGAUUUAGAAAAUUUUUAAAUUUUAGGAGAGAAAAUGCAAAAAUGAAAGCGAUUUUCAAAUUUGAAAGACGAAAAAUAAGAUUUUUUUGAAACAGUGAAUUUUUUUUUGAAAAAAAGUUUAUUUUUGGACUUAAAUUAGAGAUUAUCGUGUAGCUAGAGCGAAAAAAUUAAAUUUUUUUGAAAAAGUGGAUUUUUUUAAAAUUUUAUCUUUUGAAUCGUUCAUCUUCUACAACAGCAUUUUUAGUUUCGAAUUUUGAAAAUUAAGAAUUUUUUGAAACAGUGAAUUUUUUUCUCUUCUCAAUUCAAAUUUAAAUUUACAUACAAAUUCAAAUUCAAAAUCCAAAAAAUGGCACAAAAAUUUGAUUUAUGACACUUUGUUCUUCUCCUCCCAUUUUUCUCUCUAUAUUUUCUUGUUUUGUUUUGAAUUAGAAAUUCUGAAUAAAUUAUGAAAUGACUUGUUGUUUAUUGUUUGGUUUUCUUUUCGAUUUUCUGAUAGGUUUUUGAGAAAUUUGAGCGCGCUCCGGAAUCUUCCGCGUAGGCUUGAAAAUUUCCUGAUCUCUCAAAAAUCUCAUAAAUCAAUCUUCUUGCUCCAGAAUCAUUUCCAGAUGUCAAAAACCAAAAAUCCAAUUUUUCUCACAAAAUAAAAAUCAUAUGCUAGGGAUAUUUCUCAAAGUUCAAACGAAACAUCAAGAAAAAAUGGAACACCUGUUAGACAUUCAUCAUUUUCCUCCCAUCUCAUGUUUUAAAAUGUUUUCGGGUGAUCAGGAAUUUUUUUUGAGCUCAAAUUUUUUUUUUCAAGCUUCAGCAAAAGUUUUUUGAACUUCAAAAUCUCAAAUUUUGCGCCAAAAAUGUUCAGAAAUCUCAAACGCGCUCUACCGAACAAAGUCAAAAUCUCUCGAAUUUUCAAAUUUAAGAAUUAUUUGGGUUUGUGCAUUAGAGCGCAUUUGCUGAACUGAUCAAUCGCGCUCUAAUGAACAAAAUGAUUUUUCUACGAAUUUUUGAAUUUUUUUUCGAGCGGAGCGAGUGUAGACCGCAAGCUUCCGCGUAAGCGGCACUAUCUUCCGCGCAGCGGCCACGUCUAGAGUAGGUCCUGGAAACCUAAAUCCCGAGCGCUGUGUAAACCGCAAGCGGCAAACUUACCCUAACUUUCUAGUUUCAACGUAAAAAUUUAAAAAUUUUCAUAAAGCAGUCUAUUUCUCAGCCCAAAAAAAUUAAUUUUGAAAAUUUGAUUUUUUUCCAGAUAUUUCACUGUUUCAAAAAAUUAUGAUUUUUUUCGAAUUUCAGAAUUUGAACGAUGCUUAAUCUGUUCAUGGUUUUUCUAAAAUAAAAACUAAUGUAUAUUUUUUUUCGAGCGGAGCGAGUGUAGACCGCAAGCUUCCGCGUAAGCGGCACUGUCUUCCGCGAAGCGGCCACGUCUUGAAGCCUAUGUUUUGUAGACCGCAAGCUUCCGCGUAAGCGGCACUAUCUUCCGCGCAGCGGCCACGUCUUGAAGCCUAUGUUUUGUAGACCGCAAGCUUCCGCGUAAGCGGCACUAUCUUCCGCGCAGCGGCCACGUCUAGAUUAAGCUAAGUUCCUGGAAACCUGAAUUCCGAGCGCAGUUACCCUAACUCUUCCGGAAAAUUUAGAGAAAAUGUGGUUUUUUCUGUGGCUCAUCCUCAUUUUUUUGUUAUAUUUUAUGUUCUGGUUUGCUCGGGGGCAUAAAAUGCUUUUAGUGAGUGUGAAAAAGAAGAGGAUGGGGGCUCUUUUCUGUUUUUGAGUGGCCUCAUUUUGAUUUUUUUUUUCUUCAUUUUCAUUUUCAUUCUCAUUUUGACGGGAAAACGAGCGACGAAAUUGAAAAAAAAGAUGAGAGGAGGAGAAGAAAACAUAUAUAUACACAUUUCAUUUUAUUUUUUCAUAUUUUUUAUCGCUUUUAUUUGUUUUUCUGAGAAAAACCUAGGAAAAGCUGGAAAUUUAGAUUUUUUUCUGAAAAAUUUUUUGAAGCAAAAAAAAAUUAUAAACAAAAAGUUUGUGACCUAAAUUUGUUCUAGAAAAUUUGAAACAGUGAAUUUUUUUUUCAAAAAAAAAAAAAUUUUGAACUGAAAAUUUUCAGACAAAUUUUUGAAACGCUGGAAAUCUUGUGGGUUUCGGGAGCUUCUGAAAAUUGCCAGAUUUUUUUUUCUGAAAAUUUUGGAUAAUCGUAAGCUGUAAACAAAAAAGUUUGUGACCUAAAUUUCAUCUAGAAAACUUGAAACAGUGAAUUUUUUUUUGCAAAAAAAAAUUUUUGAACUGAAAAUUUUCAGACAAAUUUCUGAAACGCUGGAAAUUUAGUGGGUUUUUUAGAGAUUCUGAGAAUUGUCAGAUUUUUUUUCUGAAAAAUUUUUGGAGCAAAUUAAGAAAAAAGUUUGUGACCUAAAUUUCAUCUAGAAAACUUGAAACAGUGAAUUUUUUUUUUCAAAAAAACAAUUUUUGAACUGAAAAUUUCCAGACAAAUUUUUUGAAAAGCUGGAAAUUUAGUGGGUUUUGAGAGCUCCUGAAAAUUGAGAUUUUUUUCUGAAAAAUUUUUGAAGCAAAUUAAGAAAAAGUUUGUGACCUAAAUUUCUUCUAGAAAACUUGAAACAGUGAAAUUUUUUUUUCAAAAAAUAAAAUUUUUGAACUGAAAAUUUUCAGACAAAUUUCUGAAAAGCUGGAAAUUUAGUGGCUUCUGAAAAUUGACAAUUUUUUUCUGAAAAAUUUUUGUAGCAAAUUGAGAUAAUAAAAGUUUGUGACCUAAAUUUCUUCUAGAAAACUUGAAACAGUGAAAUUUUGUUUUUCAAAAAAAAAUUUUUUGAACUGAAAAUUUUCAGACAAAUUUCUGAAAAGCUGGAAAUUUAGUGGCUUCUGAAAAUUGACAAUUUUUUUUCUGAAAAAUUUUUGUAGCAAAUUGAGAUAAUAAAAGUUUGUGACCUAAAUUUCAUCUAGAAAACUUGAAACAGUGAAUUUUUUUUUGCAAAAAAAAAUUUUUGAACUGAAAAUUUUCAGACAAAUUUCUGAAACGCUGGAAAUUUAGUGGGUUUUGAGAGAUUCUGAGAAUUGUCAGAUUUUUUUUCUGAAAAAUUUUUGAAGCAAAUUAAGAAAAAAGUUUGUGACCUAAAUUUCUUCUAGAAAACUUGAAACAGUGAAUUUUUUUUUUCAAAAAAACAAUUUUUGAACUGAAAAUUUCCAGACAAAUUUUUUGAAAAGCUGGAAAUUUAGUGGGUUUUGAGAGCUCCUGAAAAUUGAGAUUUUUUUUUCUGAAAAAUUUUUGAAGCAAAUUAAGAAAAAAGUUUGUGACCUAAAUUUCUUCUAGAAAACUUGAAACAGUGAAAUUUUUUUUUCAAAAAAUAAAAUUUUUGAACUGAAAAUUUUCAGACAAAUUUCUGAAACGCUGGAAAUUUAGUGGGUUUUCAGAGCUUCUGAAAAUUGUCAGAUUUUUUUUCUGAAAAAAGUUUGUGACCUAAAUUUCUUCUAGAAAACUUGAAACAGUGAAAUUUUGUUUUUCAAAAAAAAAUUUUUUGAACUGAAAAUUUUCAGACAAAUUUCUGAAACGCUGGAAAUUUAGUGGGUUUUCAGAGCUUCUGAAAAUUGUCAGAUUUUUUUCUGAAAAAAGUUUGUGACCUAUUUUUGUUCUAGAAAUCUUGAAACAGUGAAUUUUUUUUUUCAAAAAAAAAUAAUUUUUGAACUGAAAAUUUCAGACAAAUUUUUGAAACGCUGGAAAUUUAGUGGGUUUUGAGAGCUUCUGAAAAUUGUCAGAUUUUUUUUUCUGAAAAAUUUUUGAAGAAAAUUGAGAAAAAAGUUUGUGACCUAAAUUUCUUCUGGAAAACUUGAAACAGUGAAAUUUUUUUUUCAAAAAAAAAAUUUUGUUUGCUUUUUUUUUCUUCUGUAAUUCUUGAAACGUACAUUUUCAUGGAAUUUUUUUUUGGAAUUUUCUGUCAAAAAAAAAUUUUUUUUGCUUUUUUUCUAAAUUAUGAUAUUCAAGAGAUUUAGCUCUAGCUGAAAAUUUUUGGCUGAAAAUUUCAGAAAAAUCUGAAAUUUUCACUGAAAAGCUGGAAUUUUGGCUAGAUUUUUGAAGAGCUCAAAUUGAGAGGUUUCUAAAAAUUUCUAGAUUUUUUAAAUUUCGCAAGCAAGUUACCCUAACUUCCUAGAUUUUCCUGUUUCAUUUUUCUAACAAAGAAAAAUCGGUUUCAGUCAUUUCUCCUUAUCAAUUAAUCAAUCCACGAAAAAAAACCAAAACUUUGUUUUUUUUCUCAAAAAAAAACAACAAAAUAAAACUGAUAAGCGAAAGUUUCUUAUUUCUUCCCGAAACGUCCAAAAAGCAGAUUUUAUCGAGUUUUCAGAGAUUUUUUGCAAGAUAAAAAAAACUGCCGCGCGCGGAAGCUACGCGGAAGAUUCCGGAGCGGAAGACCGCCCAAACUGUUUUUUUUACCAGAAGAGGUUUUUAGGUCAACACAUUGUUAUCAUUUAUCUUUUUUUCUUCCUUUUUGUUUUGGUUUUGGAAGGGAAUAGUUAGCCUAACUAAGUAACCUUGGCUUCAUUUUUUAUCAGUUUUAAUUUGGGUCAAAAAGUUGUUGAAAAUGCAACUGCGCUCCACUGCAAAUCCCAUAUUUUUCAGAAUUUUUUUUUUUAAAUUUUGAACAUUUUUAGUUUGAGAGAUUAUUUUUAGGUUCAAAUUGUAAAAAUUUUGAUAAAAAAUUUUUUGAUAAAGAAAUAAUCGGAUUAUUCCACGAUGUUCGAACUUUUAUCAUAAAAUUUUUGAUAAAAUUCAAAAUUUGUAUACUUUAAGGCUGAAAAAGUGGCUAAAAAUUCGAUUUUCCAGCGAAAAUUGUGAUUUUUGCAAGCGCGCUCUAUUUAUAAUAAAAUUUUGAACGAAAUGAUCUAAAUUUUUGCAAACGCGCUCUACUGCGAUUCACCAUCUAUCUCUCAAAAUUCAAAAAAUCCUAUUUUUCUACCAAUCUCACGAGCCAAGUUCAAUCCCCACUGCCCGCAAACGUUUUUUUUUAUUUUUCGCAAGAAAUCGUAUCGAAUUAUUUGUUUUUUCCUCCAAUUCCGAAGUCUAUUUGUCAUUUAGCGAAAGGCGUGAAAAUUUCCAGGAUUUUUGAUAGAUUUCUGUCCUGUUUCUAUUUAUCUUUUCUUCUUCGCGCAAACCGCAAAACAAAUAAACAUUCUUUGAUUUUAUUUUGAUAAUUUAUUUGAAACAGUGAAAUUUUCUGAAUUUAGUUUUUUUUUCUGGUGAAAAAUUAAAAAAAAAUCUAUUCAAAAAUGUCAAUUGCGCUCUACCGAACAAAUCCCAAAUCUUUCGAAUUUUCAAAAAUUCUUUGAUUUUAUUUUGAAUUGAUAAUUUAUUUGAAACAGUGAAAUAGUGAUAUUAUUUUUGUGAAAUUUUCUGAAUUUAUUUUUUUUCUGUUGAAAAGGUGUUCUUUUUGAAAAAUUUUGAAAAUUGUUCAAAAAAUGUCAAUCGCGCUCUACCGAAAAAAAAAACGAAUUUUUUACGAAUUUUUGAAUUUUUAAAUUUUUUUUUGAAAUUUAUUUUGGUUCAUUAGAGCGCACUUGCUUUGUUCACCAGAGAUAGCAAGUGCGCUCCAACGAAAAAACCAAAAUUUCCCCCAAUUUUUUGAAUUUUCAAAAGCAAUUCUACUUGUUCAUUAGAGCGCUCUUGCUAAACUGAUCAAUUGCGCUCUACCGAACAAAACCAUUUUUCUACGAAUUUUUGAAUUUUUUAGAAAUGUAUUUGGUUCAUUAGAGCGCACUUGCUUCUUUUUCUAAAAAAAAUCGAUUUUUUUGAAUUUUUAAAAUAAAUUCCAUUUGUUCAUUAGAGCGCACUUGCUUCUUUUUUCUUUAAAAAAAAUCGAUUUUUUUGAAUUUUUAAAAUAAAUUCCAUUUGUUCAUUAGAGCGCACUUUCUUCUUUUUCUAAAAAAAAUCGAUUUUUUUGAAUUUUUAAAAUAAAUUCCAUUUGUUCAUUAGAGCGCACUUGCUUCUUUUUCUAAAAAAAUCGAUUUUUUUGAAUUUUUAAAAUAAAUUCCAUUUGUUCAUUAGAGCGCACUUGCUUCUUUUUUCUUUAAAAAAAAUCGAUUUUUUUGAAUUUUUAAAAUAAAUUCCAUUUGUUCAUUAGAGCGCACUUUCUUCUUUUUCUAAAAAAAUCGAUUUUUUUGAAUUUUUAAAAUAAAUUCCAUUUGUUCAUUAGAGCGCACUUGCUUCUUUCCCCUCAAAUUUCACAGAUUUUUAUACCAGUUUUUUUUCUCGAAAUUUAUUUUUAUUUUUAUUUCGUAAAACGCAAAUACAUAAUAUUCCAGAAACAUGUCCACUUCAAAGCACCGCCCACCCAAAAAAAAAUCUCACAAAAAAACCUCACGCACCACACUAACAUGUCGUAGUUUUCACCACACACCACACCAAAAAUUGCACCACAAAAUCUGCACUCGCACCAAAAAAAUUCACCAUUUUUGUAUUUCUUUCGCACUCGCACUCACCACACACAACAGCACUUGCACCAAAAAAAAAUUUUUUUUUUGAAAUUUUUUUCCAAAAUUUUUUUGUGUGUCCAUUUUUGCCACGUGGCAUGAAAAAUGCUUUUAAUUUCUUUUUUUUCUGUUUUUUUUUUUUUAAAUUUCCAAAAAAAAAAACUUCUGACAAGACCACGCCCCUAAAAGCAUGCCGCAAACUCUUAUUUUUUCACCAAAAUAAAUUCAGGAGGAAAUCUGGAGCCUAAAGCUCCUAAGGUGAUACCCUAAGUACCCUAAGACCUUUAAGAAACCCAGGGUUUUAGAAUCAUUGACUUAUAAUUGGUUGAUUGGUGAUUCGACGAAUCGAUUGGUGGCGCAAAGUGAGAGGAAAUUCAUUUCGCUGGAUGGAACACUGUUUUUGUCGUAUGUGGUGAAGGAGGAUGAGGAGAGGUGAGAUUUAGAGAAAAUGGGGAAAGUGCGCUCUAAUGAACACAUGGUUUUUAUUUUGAAAAUUCGAAAAAUUGAGGGAAUUUUGAUUUGUUCAUUAGAGCACGCUUGCUAUUUUUGGUUUUGUUAAGAAAAAAAGCAAGUGCGCUCUAUUGAACACAUGGUUUUUAUUUUGAAAAUUCAAAAAAACCUCAGAAAUUUAUUUUUGUUCGUUAGAGCGCGCUUGCUAUUUUUGAUUUUUCAUAAGAAAGAAAGCAAGUGCGCUCUAGCGAACCAGAACUAUUUCGAAUUAAUAUAAAAAUUUAAAAAUACCCAGAAAAUGCUUUUUGUUCAUUAGAGCGCGCUUGUUGUUCCUGGUUUUUUUUUUAAAUAUUUUCAUGAUUUUUAGCUCAAAAUUUGGGUCUAGAACAUUUUUUUUGGUGAAAAUUUUAAUUUUUACGUGAAAAAAGCAAGUGCGCUCUGAUGAACACAUGGUUUUUGUUAGAAAAAUUUAAAAAACCGCAGAAAAUUAUGUUUGUUCGGUAGAGCACACUUGCUAAUUCUGGUUUUUGAUAAGCAAAAAGCAAGUGCGCUCUAAUGAACACAUGGUUUUUGUCUUGAAAAUUCAAAAAACCGCAGAAAAUUAUUUUUGUUCGUUAGAGCGCAUUUGAAUUACUGUCCGUUCGCCAGCGAAGGAAACGCGCCCCAUCGCACUUCUUUUUUCUGCUGCCCCGAUUUUUUUUUGUUUUUGAAAAAACGGAAAUUUCGAUUUUUUUGUGUUUUCAAGUUGUUUUCGAAACUUAUUCAGAGUUUUUUUUGAUUUAGAUAGAUGAAUUGGGGGUAGAGUAUUCACCUUUCAUGUGAUUUGUUUUGUUUUAUGAGUUUUUAGUGAUAAAAAACGCAAUUUUUCAAUUUCCAGGAUUUUCCGAGACCGAAAAGUGUCGAAAAAACCAUCUUUUCGAAUGGUAUUUCGAACUUUCUGUCAUCUCUAGGUAAGUUAGCAGUAUAGAAGAGUGUUCAAAAUGCAUAUUUUUUGAUUUUACAGAUGUUCGAAAAUUGCACGAUUUUGGCUCAAAUUUGCACAGAAAGUCGAUUUUUGGUAUGAAUAUAAGUGAAAGAGGCAAAGACAUACAUUUGAGGAGGAUUGGGCAUCUUCCCUAUCAAUAUUGGAGCAGUCUCGUCGCAAUUUUGAAUUAUUUUAGUUGGUAUUGUUGACAAUUUCGGGAAAAAUCGCCAACCGGAAAGAAAAAUUGAUUAUGUGGCAUUUGGAGCAGGAAGAUUAUCAAUGUGCGUAGUGAGGUAAGUGAUCUUAAGCGCUCAUUCGGCUUGAUUUGACUAAUUUUAGAAAUAAAGUGCAAAAAACGUUUUUAUUUCUGGAAAAUCUUCGAAAAGUCUGUUCAUUUCACUCAGAAAAUGUUAUUGCAAAUCGCAAUGCUAGCUAUCUAAACUGGCUGUACAUCCUAUUUCAUUUUUGAUAAGUAAAAAUACAAAUUUUUCUUUUUUUUUUUUUUCAAAAAGUUAAUUUUCAUCAAGAUAAAGUUCGAACCGUAUGAAAUUCACCAAAAAGCUGGAAAUUGCUUUCUAAAAUCAUGAAUCAGAAUUUUUCUGGAUAUUUCAACAUUCUGAACAUUUUCAGGUUCAUCUCUUCUACUUGGCGCCAUUAUCUUCGACAGACUCAACAAUUGCACAAUUUUUUUUCAAAAAAAAUCAAGUUUUCAUUAUUUUUUGUUAUUUUCACUGUUGAUAAACUUUUGAUCCAGUAGAUUUUACUGGAAAACGGCGUUUUGUUAAUGAAAUCACAGGAUUUUUACUGAAAAAUUAAGAUUUUUCUGAAAUAGUACUGUUUUUCGCAGUUUGUUGACAAAAACUAUGGAAAUCUCAAUGGAAACAGUUUGUAAGUUUUGUAAAUCGCAUUGUUUUCAAUUAAUAAUGCAAUCUGAUUUGGUUCAAUCCCUAAAAAACUCGAAAUUUGCGUGAAAAAACUCCGAGAAAAUAAUUCAUAUUUGAAUCGCCGCGCACAAAAAGUGUCGUUUGUCAAUGGGGCGCGUUUGCCUGCGUUUCCUUCGCUGGCGAACGGACAGUAUCAUCCCUACAAAAAUGACGGCAUAACUUUUCUUCUCUGAAAUUUCGUGCUGAAAAUUAAGAAAACAUCGAAUUUCAGAAACUUUCAGCAUUUUCAUGAUUUUUAGCUCGAAAUUUGGGUCUAGAACAUUUUUUUGGUGAAAAUUUGAAUUUUUACGUCAAAAAAGCAAGUGCGCUCUAAUGAACAACCAGAUUUUAUUCUAAAAAUUCAUAAAACCACGCAAAAUUAGAUUUGUUCGUUAGAGCGCAUUUGAAUUUAGCUGAUUCCACAAAAAUUCUAUAACUUUUCUUAUCUGAAAUUUCGUGCUGAAAAUUAUAAAAGCAUCAAAAUUCAGAAACUUUCAGCAUUUUCAUGAUUUUCAGCUCGAAAUUUGGGUCUAGAACAUUUUUUUCUGGUGAAAAUUUGAAUUUUUGCUUCAAAAAGCAAGUGCGCUCUAAUGAACAAAUAGAAUUUGCUUUGAAAAUUCAAAAAAACCACAGAAAAUUAUUUUUGUUCGUUAGAGCGCGCUUGUUGUUCCUGGUUUUUAGCAUUUUCAUAAUUUUCAGCUCGAAAUUUGGGUCUAGAACAUUUUUUUUUGGUGAAAAUUUGAAUUUUUGCGACAAAAUAGCAAGUGCGCUCUAAUGAACAAAUAGAAUUUGGUUUGAGAAUUCAAAAAACCACGCAAAAUUUGAUUUGUUCGUUAGAGCGCAUUUGAAUUUAGCUGAUUCCACAAAAAUUCUAUAACUUUUCUUCUCUGAAAUUUCGUGCUGAAAAUUAUGAAAGCAUCGAAUUUCAGAAAUUUUCAGCAUUUUCAUGAUUUUUAGCUCGAAAUUUGGGUCUAUAUCAUUUUUUUUCUGGUGAAAAUUUGAAUUUUUUCGACAAAAAAGCUAGUGCGCUCUAAUGAACACAUGGGAUUUGUUUUGAGAAUUCAAAAAACCACGCAAAAUGUGAUUUGUUCGUUGGAGCGCGUUUGCUAUUUUUUUUAAAUUUUGUUGAGAAAAAAGCAAGUACGCUCUAAUCUAAUAAAAAAACGCUCUAAUCUAAUAAAGACGUCACGUGUUUUUUUUCGCAAAAUUUCCUCAUUUCCAAUUUUCUUCACUUGUGAAAUCUGGAAAAAUUUUAAAAAUUUCCCAAAAAUCUUACUGUAAGCCGAUAUUUUCCGCAAACACCGCACCUGACGACAAUUUUUUCAUUUUUUUUCAACAAAAAUCCUUUUUUUUCCAGCUACGCGUGCUCACUUUCCGUCUACGCAACACAAUCCGGACACUAUGGCCCAUUUUUCAAGCUCAUCACUGCCACAGCCAAUUCUAGUCUAGAAUUCCCACCCCGACUUGACUCAACUCAACCACAAUUGUUUCCCGAUCAACCGAAAAUCGGCGAUUCGAUUUAUCUCGAAUGUUUUGCCUAUGGAAAGUGAGUUUUUUCGAGGGAAUUUUUGAAUUUGAGCUGAAAAUUUGAAUUCUGGAUGAAUUUUCGGUCAAAAUGAUAUAUUUUUGCCAAAAAAUUAAAUUUUCGAAAAAAAAUAGAAGAAAACAACGACACUCCGCUUUCCUGUUGUUUAGCGCAAUGAAAUAUUUUUGUUUUUUGUAUUUUUUUCGAAAAAAACUUUAUUUUUGACUGAAAAUUUGAAUUCUGGAUGAAUUUUGGGUCAAAAUGAUAUAAAUUAAGUCCAAAUUUGUGUACUUCUCUCGGACAAAAAACUUUUCGAAAAAAAACAACGACACUCCGCUUGCCUGUUGUUUAGCGCAACCAAAAAUUUUUGUUUUUUUUUAAUUUUUUUCGAAAAAAACGUUUUUUUUUUGACUGAAAAUUAGAAUUCUGGCUGCGUUUUUGCCCCCCAAAAUUCGUGUACUUCUCUCGGACAAAAAACAACGACACUCCGCUUGCCCGUUGUUUAGCGGAAUAAAAAAUUUUAGUUUUUUUCUGCAUUUCCCUCAAAAAUUUCCUGUUUUCGAGCCCUGAGGUGGCAAACUGAACAUUUUUGACUGAAAAAAAUCCGUGUACUUCUCUCGGACAAAAAAAACAACGACACUCCGUUUGCCCGUUGUUUAGCGCGAUAGAAAAUUUUGUUUUUUUAUUUUUUUCGAAAAAAAACGUUAUUUUUGACUGAAAAUUUGAAUUCUGGCUGCGUUUUUGUCCGUGUACUUCUCUCGGACAAAAAAAACAACGACACUCCACUUGCCUGUUGUUUAGCGCAAUCAAAAAUUUCUUGUUUUCCAGCCCAAUUCCUCAAUACAAAUGGCAUCGAGUUGAUGGAAAACCACUGUCACCAAAAGCCCAAAUCUCCAACUUCGGAAGAGUUUUGCGAAUCGAAAAAGGCUACCCAAUCCGACGCCGGAAAAUACAAAUGCACUGCGACGAAUUCGCUGGGCGUGGCAGCUGGCGAAGUUUCUGUCAAACUCCGUCAACCUCCAAUUAUCCUGCAACCACUCUAUGAUCGAAUUGUUGCGAUCGGAUCGAGUGUGGACUUCGAAUGUCUUUUGAGUUCAGCAGAUUCGUCUUCCGAUGUUGAAUGGUUCAAAGAUUCAACUCCAAUUGUUCCACUUUUACUUCCUCCAGAAGAUCGGAAGAAGUUCAAGAUUAUUGGGAAUGUUUUGAAGAUCUCUGGAGCUGAUGAGAAGAAUUCAGGAGUUUACCAGUGUAUAGUAUCGAAUGAGAUUGGAAGUUCAACAAGUUCUGCGCUCCUAAGUGUCAGGGAUUCAGCCCCAAUAUUCCCGCCAAACGCAAUGCCUCGCAGACUAUUCGCUGCGGUUGGCAGCACAGUCAGGAUUCCGUGUAUCUUCGAAGCCUCUCCCAGAACUCAUGGACAUUGGGCAGAUGCGGGUGGCGCGAGAUUGCCGAAACUGGGAAGAUUGAGAGAUAUUGAAGGAGUGAUGACGAUUGAGAAGGUUUUGCAUGAUGAUUCGGGGUUGUUCUUUUGUACCGCGCAUAAUCGAAUGGGAAAAGCGCAUGCGCAAGUGCAGCUGAUUGUUAUGGGUGGGUUUUUUGGGGAGGGUGCGAGGAUUUUGAUCAGAAAGGUCAAAUGCGCUCUACCGAACCACCCCCUUUUCUAAUGAAAAUUCAAAAAAUCGGUUUGUUCCUUAGAGCGCGUUUGAUCAGUCCAGCAAGAGCGCUCUAACGAACAAACCCUAAAUUUUUGAAUUUUCAAAAAUGUUUGUUCAUUAGAGCGCAUUUGCUUUCUGCUUAUCAAAAAACCUAGAAAUAGCAAGUGCGCUCCACCGAACCAACCCCUUUUCUAAUAAAAAUUCAAAAAAUCUUAGAAAAAUCGGUUUGUUCAUUAGAGCGCACUUGCUGAAUCUCAGUCAGAUUUUUCUAGGAAUUUUUGAAUUUUCAAAAAUGUUUGUUCAUUAGAGCGCAUUUGCUUUCUGCUUAUCAAAAAACCUAGAAAUAGCAAGUGCGCUCCACCGAACCAACCCCUUUUCUAAUAAAAAUUCAAAAAAUCUUAGAAAAAUCGGUUUGUUCAUUAGAGCGCACUUGCUGAAUCUCAGUGAACUGAUCGAUUGCGCUCUAACGAACAAAAUUAUUUUUCUAGGAAUUUUUGAAUUUUUUUUUUUGGGAAUGGUUUUGGUUCAUUCAUUAGAGCUUAUUUGCUUUUUUGGCGGGAAACUUGAAUUUUAAAAAAUUUUCUAGGUGGAUUUUUCGGAAAAAAUGUUCUAUACCCAAAUUUUGAGCUGAAAAUCAUUAAAAUGCUGAAAAUUUCUGAAAUUUGAUGCUUUCAUAAUUUUCAACACGAAAUUUCAGACAAGAAAAGUUAUAGAAUUUUUGUGGAAUCAGCUAAAUUCAAAUGCGCUCCAACGAACAAAAAGAAUUUUCUGCGGUUUUUUGAAUUCUCAAAACAAAUUAUAAUUGUUCAUUAGAGCGCACUUGCUUUCUUUCUCAACAAAAUUAAAAAAAAAAAGCAAACGCGCUCUAACGAACAAAUCAAAUUUUGCGUGGUUUUUUUUGAAUUUUCAAAAUAAUGUUCGAUGCUUUCACAAUUCCCAGCACAAAAUUUCAGACAAGAAGCGUUUUGGCGCCAAAAAUUUAUGAAAAAUUCAGACAAGCCUUCAAUUCGAACAAAUGCGGCCAGUUCGAAUUUUAUCGAUGAAGAAACUGUGAACAUGAGUUGUGAAGUCGAAUUAUCCUGCGAAAAUUCAUCCGAAUGUCCAGAAGCCCUCUUCGAAUGGCGAAUAAAUGACAGGCCAUCCAGUGAAUUCCCCCUCCUUCGCCCAAAACUACACUCUACUCAACACAAAGGCCGACACAUCAAACAGAAGGUUGAUCUAGAAGUGCCGAAAUCCAUGGGUGGAAAACAUAUCGGACGAUUUGCGUGCUCUUCGUUGUACGGAGGAAGUUCGGAAAUUGUGACACGACCACAAUUACCGUCGCCGAUUGCGUUGACGAUUGAGGAAAUCAGUGAGACGAGGGGAACGAAAAUGAGAUUGAGAUGGAGAUUACCGCCACAACAUCGGGAUACUAGAGAUCAUUCGGUAAGUUUUUUUGAGGGGGGGAAGAUUUGGAGGAGAAAUAAAUUCCAUUUUUUCAUUCCAGUUUCAGAGAUGUAGAUGAAGAUCUGAAGAAAAAAAGUUAGGAUAACUUGGCCGCUGCGCGGAAGAUAGUGCCGCUUACGCGGAAGCUUGCGGUCUACACUCGCGCAAAGCGCUCGAGCUCUAAGCUCAGGGCUCACAGCAAAACAUAGGUUUCAAGACGUGGCCGCUUCGCGGAAGAUAGUGCCGCUUACGCGGAAGCUUGCGGUCCACAAAACAUAGGCUUCAAGGCGUGGCCGCUUCGCGGAAGAUAGUGCCGCUUACGCGGAAGCUUGCGGUCUACACUCGCUCCGCUCGAAUUUAAUGAAAACACUCUAAUGAAAAAAUGGAAUUUAUUUCGAAAAUUCAAAAGAAAAAGAAGCAAAUUCGCUCUAAUGAACCUAAAAAUUCAAAAUUUUGAUAAAAAUUGUGCAAAUGCGCUCUAAUGAACAAAUGGAAUUUAUUUUGAAAAUUCAAAAAAAUUGAUUUUUUUUAGGAAAAGAAGCAAAUGCGCUCUAAUGAACCUAAAAAUUCAGAAUUUUGAUAAAAAUUGUGCAAAUGCGCUCUAAUAAACAAAUGGAAUUUAUUUUAAAAAUUCAAAAAAAUUGACUUUUUUUUUUAGAAAAAAGAAGCAAAUGUGCUCUAAUGAACUACUGGAAUUUAUUUUGAAAAUUCAAAAAAAAUUGAUUUUUUUAGAAAAAGAAGCUAUUAUCAAAAUAAAAAAAUUUGGCAAAAAAACGGAGCCCAGAAAUUCAAAUGACACUCUUCCCAAGUACGGUGUUUCUUUCAGUCGCUGCGAGACCCAUAUGUGCGUCUUUGACUUUGUUUCUCUGCCCAAUGGCGUGGUCUCGAAACGGUGUUAGUGACGCAGAGAAAUACCGUACUUGGGGAAAUUGGGAUUUGAAUUUCUGGCUUCUCUUUUUUUGCCAAAUUUUUUUUACUUUGAUAAUAAUGCGCUCUAUUGAACAAAUGGAAUUUUUUUUUGAAAAUUCAAAAAAAAUUAAUUUUUUUGAAAAAGAAGCAAAUGCGCUCUAAUGAAAAAAUUGAAUUUAUUUCGAAAAUUCGAAAAUUUGAAAGAUUUGGGGUUUGUUCGGUAGAGCGCAAUUACAUCAGAAUUUGAAAUUUCGGUUUUUUUUGAAUUGAAUUUUGAAAAUUAGCCCAAAAUACUAGCAGAACAAAAAUUAACUAAGAUUUUGAAACAGUGAAUUUUUUUAAAACUAAUUUUUUUCAAUAUUCUAAAAUGUUUAAAUCAAUUAUAUAUUUUUUUUGAAUUGAUUACAAUGUAUUUUUGAAACAGUAAAAAUUUUAGUUUCAAAAAUUUCACUGUUUCAUUUAAUUUUUUAAAAUUUUCUGCAAAAAUUCCGAUUUUUCGGUAGAGCGCGCUUGACAUUUUUUGAAAUUUUUGAAAAAAAAAUGUUAAUGAACUGCUCAAAAUUCAGGAUUUUUUUGAAAAUAAAUAUUCCUCUGCGUCUCUAACCUCUCUCCAAUUUUCAGACCAAAAUCGAUGGCUACAUCGUCGAAUUGCGAACCAAAAAAAAUCGAAAAUGGCGUUCAGUAGACCGCCAAACUCUAUCAGAAAUCGAAAAAGACAGUAUCCUUCUCUCAAAUCUCCGCCCAAACACCGAAUAUCAAUUUCGUGUCAGAUCAGUCGACACUUCAACAAUCGGCGAGCCAUCGAUUCCAACUGAAUGGAUUCGAACACCUCCAGGUGCACCUUAUGAAAUUGUGGAGAAUCUGAAGUGGCGGCCAUUAGAUGCGCAAACUUUGCUAGUUGAAUGGCAACCGAUUGAAGUUGCUGGGAAAUCUGGGGAUAAUUUGAGAUAUCGUGUCAGCUGGAGUGAGGCUAAUCUGAGCAAUGCUUCAACUACCGAAGAAGUUCAAGAGAAAGAUAAGAACUUCUUAGAUUCCGAUCAACCGCAGGCGAUCCUGAAGUUGAGCUCGAAUUCCAGUGGAUGUCGGAUGGUUGUGUUGGCUGUGAAACCGGUGAAUGAUCAAGGAUCCGGAGCGGUUAGCACAGAUACAAUCGCAUUUUUGAAUAGUCGGGGAGAACUGAAGAAAGUUGAGAUGCAAAAUGUUCGACCAGUGAAUGCGACUCAUGUGAAUAUCUCGUGGAUUUGGGAUGAGAAAACGGCGGAAUGUGAGACGAAACAUGGUGUGCAGAUAUCCUGUAUGGAUGUGAAAAGCUCUCCAGAUCGAAAUAUCAUAGCUACUGCUGGAAGUGAGAAAUUGGAAUGGAUGUUGGGUGGUUUGACGGCUGAAACUGCGUAUGAUUGUGAAUUGAGGGCGGUGGAUAAUCAUGGGAAUAUGGGACCGGCGAGUAGGAAAUUUAGGAUUCAUACCAAGCAGCAGCCACCGGUGGAAGUGCCCGGGAUUCGGAAAUUGAUGAUGAAGCAGAUGGUGAGUUUUGGGAGGGGGUGCGGAAGGGUUCCGCGUUGGCGGCGCGGAAGCUUGCUGGGAAAAACAACGAUGCUCCGCGCUUACACUGUGUAAAUGUUUUUUCUGGAUUACAACGAUGAUCCGGGUUUACACUCUCAAAAAAUCCCAAAAUUCACCAGUUUUCCCAUUUUUUGACUUGAAAUCUGAAGUUUUCUGAAAUUUUGAGCUGAAAAUUGGAAAAUCCACGUCCAACAAAAAACAACAUUUUUAUUUUUCUCCACAAAAAUGUACUGUUUCAAAAAUGUUUUAUAUAUUUUUUCAAAAAACAGAGAAUCGCUCACGAAUUUUUUUUAUAACGUGCCACGUCAUAGCUCAAAAUUUUCCCAAUUUUUGACUGAAAAUCUGAUGUUUUCUGAAAAUUUUGGGCUGAAAAUCGGAAAAUUCCGGAUUUUUACUGAAACUUGCCACGUCACAGCUCAAAAUUUACCCAGUUUUUGACUGAAAAUGUACUGUAAUGUUCUCUGAAAAUUAUGAGAUGAAAAUCGAAAAAUCCCUAUUUUUAUUGAAUUUGCCACGUCAUAGCUCGGACUCACAUCUGACGAGAGAGUGUCCAAAAAUUUUUGUGCAGCGUGGAAAUUUUUGCAAAAAAAAAUUGUGCAGCGCGAAAUUUUGAAUUUUUGAAAAUUUUCAUCAAAAUCAGCUGAAAAUCAAUGAAAACUACACUUUUUUCGUGAAAAAAAUGUACAGUGUGACCUUUGAAAAUUUUUGUACAGUGUCCAUUUUGGACAUGUCUCGUCAGGUGUGCUCGGACUCCUCCAAUUUUAUUAAUUUUUGACUGAAAAAAAUUGAAGUUUUCUGAAAAUUUUGAGCUGAAAAUUUUAAAUCCCGGAUUUUUCUGAAUCUUGCCACGUCAUAGCUUCAAAAAAUCCAAUUUUUUCCUCAAGAAAAAUUUACUGUUUCAAAAAUUUUUUAUAUUUUUUUUUAAAUAGAGAAUUGCUAAACUCGAAAGAAUUCUAUGAUUUGAACCAAAAAUUUUAUCGAAUUUGCCACGUCAUAGCUCAAGAUUUUCCCAAUUUUUGACUGAAAAUCUAAAUUUUUCUGAACAUUUUGAGCUGAAAAUCGGAAAAUCCCUAUUUUUACUGAAUUUGCCACGUCAUAGCUUCAAAAAUCCAAUUUUUUCCCCACAAAAAAUUACUGUUUCAAAAAAAUUGUAUAUUUUUUUCAAAAAUCAGAGGAUUGCUUCCAAUUUUUUUUUGAUUAAAAUUUCAAAUUUUCUGAAAAUUAUGAGCUGAAAAUCGAAAAAUCCCUAUUUUUAUUGAAUUUGCCACGUCAUAGCUUCAAAAAUCCAAUUUUUUCCCCACAAAAAAUUACUGUUUCAAAAAUGUUUUGUAUAUUUUUUCAAAAAACAGAGAAUUGCUCACGAAUUUUUUUUAAAACGUGCCACGUCAUAGCUCAAGAUUUUCCCAAGUUUUGACUGAAAAUCUGAGGGUUUCUGAAAUUUUGAGCUGAAAAUCGGAGAAUUGCGAUUUUUCUGAAUCUUGCCACAUCAUUACUCAAAAAAUACGGAAUUUUUCGAUUUUUAAUUGAAAAUCCACGUCAUAGCUCGAAAUUUACCAAAUUUCCCAAGUUUUGAGCUGAAAAUUUCAAAUUUUCUGAAAAUUUUAAGCUGAAAAUCGGAAAUCCCUAUUUUUAAUGAAUUUGCCACGUCAUAGCUUCGAAAAUCCAAAAAAAAAAAAGAUAAAAAUCUAAAUUUUUUCCCCACAAAAAAUUACUGUUUCAAAAAUGUGUUAUAUAUUUUUUAAAAAAAAAGAAUUGCUCAUAAAAUUUUUUCUGUAAUUUGCCACGUCAUAGCUCGAUUUCCCAAGUUUUAACUGGAAAUCUCAAGUUUUCUGAAAAUUUUGAGCUGAAAAUCAGAAAAUCCCUAUUUUUACUGAAUAUUUCCAAAAAAAAAAAUAAAAAUCUAAAUUUUUCCCCCACAAAAAAUUACUGUUUCAAAAAAUUUGUAUAUAUUUUUUUUCAAAAAACAGAGAAUUGCUAAAAAAAAUUAAUUCGGCAAGAAUGAAAAAAAAACAGUUUUCACUUCAAAACCAAAAAUUGUAUUUUUUUUCAGAAAGAGGAUUAUACAACAAUUUUGGAAUGGAGCCAAAUCGAACUUCAAAAACCGAAUCGAACCGAAAUCGGAUGUGGAUAUAAGGUAACUUCGAGCGGAGCGAGUCUAGACCGCAAGCUUCCGCGUAAGCGGAACUGUCUUCCGCGAAGCGGCCGCGUCUAGAAGCCUAUGUUUUGCUGUGAAUCCUAAGCUUAGAGCUCGAGCGCUUUGUGCGAGUGUAGACCGCGAGCUUCCGCGUAAGCGGCACUAUCUUCCGCGAAGCGGCAAGCUCUAGAAGCCUUUUUUUUACUGUGAGCCCUGAGCUUAGAGCUCGAGCGCUUUGCACGAGUGUAGACCGCAAUCUUCCGCGUAAGCGGCACUGUCUUCCGCGCAGCGGCCAAGCCUUGAAGGCUAUGUUUUGUAGACCGGAAUAUUCCGCGUAAGCGGCACUGUCUUCCGCGAAGCGGCAAGCUCUAGAAGCCUUUUUUUUACUGUGAGCCCUGAGCUUAGAGCUCGAGCGCUUUGCACGAGUGUAGACCGCAAUCUUCCGCGAAGCGGCCACGUCUUGAAGCCUAUGGUUUUUAGACCGCAAGCUUCCGCGCAGCGGCCACGCCUAGAAGCCAAGUUAUCCUAACUUUUUUUUCUUUAGAUCUUCAUCUACAUCUCUGAAACCGGAAGUGAACCCAUCAUUCUCGAUAUGCCAGUUCACCGUCUCUCCGAUCGCCAAAAUCCAUCAGCUCGUCUAGACGGUCUCCGAUUAAUGUAUUUAUAUACGGUGCAAGUUGCUGGCUAUAAUCCAGGUGGAAUUGGACCGAAAAGUGAAUCGAAAACUAUUCGAUUAGGAGCACCCAAUUCUGUUGAAUACACUUCUGCUUCUUUGUCUAAUCUGAGCAAUCUUUCGAUUUUUGUAGCGAUUCUGAUAUUUUUAGAAGUUUUUUAGAUCUACCUGUGUUUUAUUUUGCCAAAUCUACUUUUUACCGGUGCCCAAAACUUGUACUUUUUUUUUUUGAGAAAAAUUAUUUUUUGAUUUUUCUAUUUUUACAUAAAGUUAAGCUAACUCUAAUUUGAAAACAAUUUUGCCACGUGGAAUUUUGGCAGAAAAAUUUCCAAAUUCAAAAUUUUGAGAAAAAAGUUUUGAAAUUUGAAAAAAAUUUUGCCACGUGGAUUUUUUGUGCCAAAAACAGUGGAAAAAUUCUAGAAAUUUUCAAUUUUGAUUUUUCAACCAGGAACUUUUUUUGCAAAAUGAAACCUCAAGUGUUUUUCGGACAUCUUUUGACAGCUCGAUUUGAUCAUCGUGGAAAUAUUCAUGUUUUAUCGCGAGCUGAACAUAAUGUUCAUGUUUCGAUUUUGAGUCCGAUUUCGAAUGGAAAUUAUCGAUUUGCUUCUGUCACCAAGAAAAGCUCUUUUUAA